GAAUGGAAGAGGAAAACAACUUUAAGGAUAGUCUCAACAAUGAACUCACCAAUACUAAAUCUCCAAAAUCAAAAAAAAUCAAAAAAAUUGAUUCUCUUUCACCUAAAAAAAAUGUUGGACAUUGGACUAAUGAGGAACAUGAAAAAUAUCUUAAGUUUUUAGAAGAUAAUACUUUAAUGAAGAAAAAUAACAAAAUCUUCAAGCCUAUGUCUGAAAUUAUUGGAACUCGUUCCCCAAGUCAAUGCAGGUAUUUAAUAAUAAAUUAAUUAGAUCUCAUCAUCAAAAAUUCAACCCUUAAUCCCCAUUAGGUUAGAGAAAAUCGAGUAAAAUAAUUAGUGUUUCUAAUUAAGCUACACCAGCAACAACAUUGUAUGAAGAAACAAAUGCUACCUAAGAAGAUGAGAUGAUUAAUAAUAAUAAUAGGAUUAAACUCAUGUUUUUUGAGGAAGAUGAUAUUGUUCAACCGAAUUUUAAUUUAGAUGAUUUAUGAUC